GAUUAUGUUUGAACAAGGUUGGUGGACACGACCUGAAAUUUAAGAUCAGGAUGUAUGAGUAUCGUAAAGGAGGUAGGGUGUUAACUCAGAAUUCAGGUAGGCUACAGAUUUGAUAUUCAGAGCUUUUGUCGUGGAAACUGAUUUUUACUGGAUUCAACUUCAAAACGCCAAAAUUCACGGGAGAUGACCAACUAACGUUUGUGGAUCGGUGUCUUGGUUGAGAAAAGGCAAGAAGCAUGUCCUCAUGUUAGCCCCGUCUCCUAUUGGUCUGCGCAUGCACUUACUGCGUCGUGCCAUAAUAUAAUCCAGUGGUAACCAAUUCUGUUCCUGGAGAUCUACCGUCCUGUAAAUUUUCAUUUCAACCCUGAUUUGACACACCUGACUGUUCUAAUUAGCAGCUCAAUGAGAUCUCUAGCAAUUGAAUGAGGUGCGGUUUGUAAGGGUUGGAAUGAAAACAGGACAGUUGAUCUCCAGGAACACAGGAGUUGGUGACCACCGAUCUAAUUAAUUGUCUGCUUUGUAAAUUAUAUUUAUGAGUUAAAUUAAUUUAACUUUAGUUUUUCUGAAACAAGUCGUGAAGCACUCAUCAUACACAUAAUGGAAACUGGACCCUUCAAGAUGGAUUGUAAAAUGAAUGAUACUUCCAAUACAUCCCUUUCCCUGUACUUAAUUAUAAUGUUCAGCACCCCUGAGAUCCCUUUAAAAUCAGUACCCCACAAGAUUCACAAAAUGAAUAGUUAAGAUUCUAAAAGAUUUUAAGAGUUCAGUAGGCAACAGGGUAGACUCAUAGUAGUACAUGGAAAAUUAUUUACCACACUAGCUUUCAAGCACGUGAGAAAUCGCACGGAAUGUGUUUCUAAAAUGUUUAUCAGUGGUAUGUCAUAAACACAAAAGAUAAGAUUAACAGGGAAGUCACAUGCACCGUACAAUGAUGGGAAGCUCAUGUAUAUAGUUGACAAGUUACAAACACAAAAAGGUAUACAAUUCUGUGAGUCCUUGAGCAAUUUCAGGGGUAGUGAAUAAUUAGAUUUUAGCUGGUUAAGUCUACUGUGUUAAUAUUAAAGGCAGAUAUACAGUUAUGUACCAUUACAAUAUAGCAGUUAAACAUGAAAGAAUUUUGAGUCUACUUUGCUGACAAUUCUUCUAACAUUAUAUUAUGCAUUCUUUAAAAAACAAAACAAAAAAAGUUUGAUAUUUGCACUCAAAAAGACACUGCUACCUUUCAUAUGGAAAGAGAUAAAACUAAAAAGGAGAACGAAGAAAAUAAGUCAACAGUUAAAGAAAUAAAACACCAAUGAACAUUUAUAGACAGGAUAACAAAAGGGGAACUGCAUGGCAGUCAGUGAAAAAUGAUCUGGGGUAAUAAUCGCUACUACUGUAAAGCAUAGGAGUUUGUGCACCUUUCACCUUCCACCUCUGAACAUUUCAAGGCUAGGAUAGAUCAAUACCAGCUAUUUUUAGUCUAUUUGACCUUGCAGUUUUGGCUGACAUGUCUUAGAUAAAUAUUUGCUGAAAUAUUUCAGCAAAGAGUUUUAAUGUCUUACCUAUACUAAAUCAGGCUUACCUACUGUAUAGCUUGUAAUGGUGUAAAUGUGAAAAGUGUAUCUUAAUAGAUUAAGCCAUUUAUAUGGCCAAACUGAGUUAAGUUAAUAAUUGAUUGGUUUGUCACAUUGGUUUUUAUUUGCAUCACACAACUGAAUAGCACAUUUGGUGUAUCUGUGUGAAUUUGUCCACAUGCUCAUGUGAUACAUAUAUUUUUGUGUGUUGUCACAUUGGUUUUUAUUUGCAUCACACAACUGAAUAGCACAUUUGGUGUAUCUGUGUGAAUUUGUCCACAUGCUCAUGUGAUACAUAUACUUUUGUGUGGUGGCUUGUUAGUUAACUAACAAACACCCCCCCUGUCGCACAUUAUUGUAUUUCUAAAAAUCAUGAUUUCAUAUUGGGUUCAUACUGGGACUAUUAAAAAAAUGAAUAAAUGAAUGGUUUCGCAAUGGGCUGAGUUACACAAAAAAUAGUUGCAAAAUUCAUUUAUUAAUAAGCCCUGAACAGCUGAUUGCAGAAAACAGGGGGGGGGGAGCCUUUCAGUAUGUACAGCAUGGUAAAGUUACAUACGUGUACAGAGAUUCAAAGGCAUUGCAAAAUUUGUUGAUAAUUUGUCACAGUGGCACAACUUCUUUUUAGCUGUGUUUUCAUACUAUGUGAAGCAAUUACAUGAAAAUCAGGAAUUAAGAUAGCUUACAUUAACUUAGAAAGGACAAUAAGACAUAAAAGGCACUGAAAGGCUGUUCUUAAACAUAUAAAAGGGAAUGUAAUAUGGAUUUUUACUAUAGUUGAAAAAUUCCAUGUUGUCAUAUGUGGGACAGGGCAUUAAAUUGUGUAAACAUAUGGUAAAUGAUUGCUGAGGUUGCCGUGAUAUCCUAAGCGUACCAUACUUUUAAAAAAAGUAGGCAGGGUUUUCAGUCUUUGACCAGAAAUGGUGUCACAUGACCAAAAUAGAGCAGUUUUCCAACAGACCAAUAGGGUCCAAAUUUUUCCGCUUUGGAAGUGAAUUUAAAAAGACAUUAAUGUGAUAACUAUACUAUCCUAAAUCCCACAGAUGGAUACAUUUGACUGGGUGAUGAAGGUUUGAUUUUUUUGGGGGGUAUAUAUACUGUAUGCUUUGUUAUUUGUCCCCAGCUUGGCUAAGGAGCCCCUUGGUGAAACUGAAAACUGUAGUUGAUCAUUAACUGGCCAGUCAGAUUUACCACGUUCAGUCAUGCUGUCAUGUAGCACUUCCUACUAAGAACUUCGCGGAAACAGACUGAAACCAUGUCUAUCUGCAAAAACAUACAUUUAAGGUCUGGCCUCUUGUCAGAGAGCAAAGGGCUUCAAUGUCAGUUUUAUGCCACUUCAGAGCCAGCAGGGAAGCCAGGUCACCAACCUCACGUGAGUUGCAAUAAGGACUGCCCUCAGCACAGUCAGUCUUGUGCCCUCAGAGACUGGCACUGCCCAGUGUGCCUACAGACUGCCACCUUUCCAGUAGAGACUAACUGUGGGCAUCUUUUCUGUGCUCCGUGUCUUAUAGCCUACUGGAGACAUGGGACCUGGCUUGGUGCCAUCAACUGCCCUCUCUGCAGACAAAAAGUUAGUGUACUAUGCCAUCUAUUCAGUGAAAGCAGAACAGACCGAAAAGAAAAGCAAGUGAUGGGGGACAUUAGAGAGUACAACAAGCGUUAUUCUGGAGCACCAAGAAGGGUUGCAGAUUACCUGUACGACACGCCCCUGUUCCUGCACCUGCUCCUGCGCGCCAUGAGAAACAUGAGCGGUCUGGUGUGGCUCUUCUUCCUGCGGGUGGCGGUGUGCUGUUUCGGGGCAGCCAUGUCCCUCGCCUCCCCCCUCGAGGCCAUUCCGGAGCCCUCCUGCGGGGUCCUCGGGCUCCUGGAUGACCUCGUGGUGGUCUUCCUGCUGCUCAUGUCCGUCCUCAACAUCAAUCAACAGAUGGGGAGGGAGAGGACGGCCAUCGCUCAAACUGCCACUCGAGGAGUCCUCACCGAUUCGCUUUAGCGUAGACGCGGCGCAAGGCAAUGCCGCUGUCAUGCACACAAGUCAUGUCAGGGAAUGGCUUCUCUUAACAGAUCAUUUUAUGAUAAAAAUAAGCACUGAUUCAAACUAUGACCAGAAUUUAAAAAAUAAAAUAUAAUGGCGACAGAAGUCCUCAAAUCCCCCUGAAGAUUAUUUACAUUGAACUAACUGGAUGGCACGCAAAUGACUUGCCUUCAGAUAAACACAAUCAAUUAUCGUAUAUAUUUCCCUACAGCUAUUAAAGCUGCUUUUUUUAUUUCUGUUUAAUAUUCUCUCACACUGGCAAUAGAUUUACAAGGAACCACUGUACAUAUGUGUACUGUACAGUACAGUAUUUGAUGUUCAAAUUCUGUGUUUGUGUAAAUAUAAAUAUAAUAAAUAUAUUUAUUAUUCUGA